CCCACACGGCUUUUAGAGCUCGAAAACGAGAAGGCAUGUUUGAUUUUAUCACUCAGGGAUGAACCUUCAGGCCAUUACGCUGCUCUGAGCUACUGUUGGGGCCCGAACCCCAGCUUCAUUCAUUUGACAGCCGAUAAUCUUCAAGAGUUCCAGCUUGGACUGCCGUACUCUGACCUUCCCAUAGCUUUCCAAGAGGCUAUGUGCAUGAUAAGAGGAUUAGGCAUUCGCUACCUCUGGAUUGACGCCCUUUGCAUCAUACAGUCUGGUCUGGGCAGUAGCGAGGAUUGGCAAUCAGAGUGUGGGCGGAUGCAAGAGAUUUACUCAUACUGCUUCAUUAAUCUGUCC